AGGAGCGGGCGGGGUUGGCGGAGGUUUCUUAAGGCAGCGCCGGACUUCACCUUGGCCGCAGACCUCCCAUUCUACACUCCAACCGCUGUACUUAUCUUAUGGCAACCAUUGCCGCUCCGCGUUUGCUCCUUCGCCUCCUUGGCCAGGCCGCCCCGGGGACCGCGCCAGGCCGAAUCUGCAGCUGUCAUCUCCAGCGGGGUGCCCGCCGACUGCACCUAACCGCGUCUAGGAAUGAAGCUGUUGUCAUUUCUGGGAGGAAACUGGCACGGCAGAUUAGACAAGAAGCCCGUCACGAAGUGGAGCAGUGGGUCGCCGCUGGCAAUAGAAGGCCUCACCUCAGUGUGAUUCUUGUCGGGGAAAAUCCUGCAAGCCACUCCUACGUCCUGAACAAGACCAAAGCUGCAGCUGAUGUUGGAAUCAGCAGUGAAACGAUCUUGAAACCAGCCUCCAUCACGGAAGACGAGCUGCUUGAUUUAAUUGUGGAUCUAAAUGAUGACACUAACGUUGAUGGUCUGCUGGUGCAGCUCCCUUUACCUGAACAUAUCGAUGAGCGAAAGGUCUGCAAUGCCGUAAACCCUGAGAAAGACGUGGACGGCUUCCAUGUAGUCAACGUGGGCCGAAUGUGUCUGGACCAAUACUCUAUGCUGCCUGCAACACCUUGGGGUGUGUGGGAAAUCAUCAAGAGAACUGGAAUCCCAACCUUGGGCAAGAAUGUUGUUGUUGCUGGCCGAUCGAAGAAUGUUGGCAUGCCCAUUGCGAUGCUUCUGCAUACCGACGGCAGACACGAGCGUCCUGGAGGGGAUGCGACAGUCACGAUCUCUCACCGCUAUACCCCAAAGGAACAGCUUAAGCAGCAUACAAUUCUUGCUGACAUCGUUGUCGCUGCUGCAGGGAUUCCUAACCUGAUUACAGCAGACAUGAUCAAAGAAGGUGCUGCAGUGAUUGAUGUUGGCAUAAACAGAGUCCAGGAUCCUGUUACCGCCAAAUCAAAGCUGGUUGGAGAUGUGGAUUUUGAAGGUGUAAAGCAGAAAGCCAGCUAUAUUACUCCAGUCCCUGGUGGGGUUGGCCCCAUGACCGUUGCUAUGCUGAUGAAGAACACUAUCAUUGCUGCCAAGAAAAUGCUGAGACCCCGAGAGCUCGAAGCUCUGACCUCCUAAGGAUGGACUUUUCAUAUCAAACAGCAACAUUCCAAAUCUCUCAGACCACAGGCUGAUAGCCAUGCAAUAUUUAUUUGUGGGACUAUUUAUUUAAAGCAAUUGUGUUUAAUGGUAGAGAGCCUUCACCCUCAACCCACGUGUGGCGAUUCCUACCAUUAAACUCCCGUGUUUAAAUGCAGGAACCUGGUUGAGAAUUGGUGGCAUGGAGAAGACCGAUGCUGCUUUCUCUAAAGGGGAAGCCAUAACCAGUGGGCCAAGAAUUGAAUGUUUAUAUUUGCAGAAAACAUCUUAGUGCUUUCUCAGUGCGCCUUUGAUCAGCAAUCCCAAGAGAGUGUGCCCUUAUUUGCUACGAUUGCGCAGCAGCUGUUCCGGAGCCAGAUGUUACUAUUGUUUUCUACAAGGCCUUAUUUGUAUUGCUUUUUAAUAGCUCUUGUAACAGAGCAGUUUAUAACUUGUUUGAAUACUUUAAUGUUACACAUUUGAGAAGGCUGAAAUAUGCUUGAAAGCUAGCUAGCAUGGCAUUCAUCAGAAGAUUGGCUGAGGUUCUCUGUGUCUGCUCAGAGGAUUACUUAACGCUAAUAUUGAUGGAUAUAACAGGUUGCAUUUGAAUAAAAAGAUGAUCUUUGAGA